AUGGAGCCUGACAAUCCCAAUGGGUACAAGCGGAGCUCGAUGCACCAGGCCUUCUAUAGCCGCCCCGUGGAACGACGUCCCAGCAAGAAAUCAUCCUCCCGGGAUCGCCAUGGCAUGGUAUAUCCAGACAAUUUCCGUGACACGAGUAUUCGCACUGUGACCCCGGAGUCUCACUCCCCCUUGUCCGAUGCGGAGUAUCUCACUGGCAACAGUGCGAGCGCGCCGUCACCACGGACCACCAUGCGAUCGCGGACAGUAGAGCGAAACGAGGAAGAAACGCUCACAGAAGCUAGGGGCCAGCGCACACGAUCACGAACGACGAAUCUAGAGGAACAACGGGGGGACAUGGCGCCGAACACUUUCAAGGCACGAACGCGGAUCGGAUCGGUCAAUGCGGCCAGCUCGUCUCAGCCCAAGAUGGUGGAUACCAAGGUCGCUGAGGAAUCCGCAAGUUCAAUCGGUUUCCCUUCAAUACACUCGCCUAAUUACGUUGGUCAGGCCGUCACACGUCAACGAAUCAGCAGAUCCCAGGGAGCCGGCUUGACAAGCCCUGUCGCACACAACCAAGCCGCCUUCGCCUCUCCCCUUUCGAAUACUGAUUCCGCCAAGAUUCUACAGUUGAUGAAAACGACUUGUGGCCGAAUGCACGGAAUCCUUUCCUUUCGAACAGCGACAAAUAACUCAUGGUCGUCAAGCACUUGGACAUCGGGCUAUUGUGCCAUCAAUGUUGCCACGGGUAGUCUGAUAUAUCAAGCAAAGGGCGAGCCAGCGCUAGCAAAAACAUUGAUCCCUGAUUUACGUGGGUGUCGCGUUCGCACGUUGUUCGACGCAGAGUUGCAAACUACUUACUUGAGCGUCAACACAUUUACCUCCGGUCUCGGCAUUCAACUACGACCUCACGUGAACGAGACCUUCGACUCUUGGUUGGCGGCCCUGCUUUGCUGGCAGCCCAUCCGCCCAAAGGGCGUUCAAAAUAAAAUGACCAAACCUCAGGCCGUCGUCAUCGGCGAUCGCCGUAUUCCCGAGCGUCGACGAAACUCGGAGAGUGCUGCACAGAAAGAUGCAGCCAUCAUUAAGGUUGGAAAGAUGCUUCUGUGGGAUAAGCCCUCCGCAUCUGGAGCGCGUCCUGCGUCAGUCCGUCGAGUAUCUACAUAUCGGCAAUCCAGGGCCUUGAACUCUUCAUGGCAGCGGGUAAGCUGUACAUUGCAGGAGAACGGUUUCUUCAAGCUUUAUACCGAGUCGGAUGUCACACUCGUGGCAACAGUCCAGCUCUCUCAACUCUCGAGGUGUGCCAUUCAGCAAUUGGACUCAUCGGUAUUGGAUGAUGAGUUUUGCAUCGCGAUUUACCCGCAAUAUACGGCACACCCAGUCCCCGACCCUGGAAUCCGCCCCAUAUAUCUUGCUCUCGAAAGCCGCGUCAUUUUUGAGGUAUGGUUUGUGCUGUUACGUGCAUUUACCAUUCCAGAGCUUUACGGCCCCGAGGCUCUCGAUGAUGAAGAAGACCGGAACAAGACGCCAGAGGCUCAGUCUCCUGCACACCACACCCACGACAUGUUCCGAAUUGAGCGUAUCUUGAACCUCCGAAUCACCGAGGCGAAGCUUUUCCGAGUCAAGGAAGAAGAGACUCCUCGCAGCCGAAAGAUGUCCAGAUCGCAUGGGCACUCCGCCCCAUCGCCACCCAAAGCCAGCGAUUACUACACAGAGGUCCUCUUAGAUGGAGAAAUUCGCGCCAAGACGGCUGUCAAAUACCGUACUACGAACCCGUUCUGGCGCGAGGACUUCACUUUCAACGACUUGCCGCCUGUCCUCUCUCAAGCCUCUAUCCUAGUCAAAACUCUCAAUCCGACGCAAAGAGAUUGGACGCUCAUCGCGCAUGGAACGUACUCUAACCAAGAUGUCAAUGCAGCCAAUAUGCUGGACGAAAUCGAAAUUUCAACCAAGGACGCGAUCUUUGGGCGAGUUGACUUGCGCCUUGAAGAAUUAGACCCUGGCGUUGACACAGAAAAGUGGUGGCCCAUUCUGGAUGACCAGGAUCAGGCCGUGGGAGAGAUGUUCAUGAAAGCCCGAAUGGAAGAGACGGUCGUCUUGAUGUCCGAAGAAUAUGCGCAGAUGCACGACCUACUCCACGCCUUCACUAACGGUCUGACAAUCAACAUGGCUCGGGUCAUGUCAUCCGAAUUGACUCAAUUGGCCGAAAUGCUCUUGAACAUCUUCCAGGUCUCUGGAGCAACAGUAGAUUGGAUAUCUGCGCUUAUCGAAGACGAAAUCGAUGGCGUCCACAAGGAAUCGACCGCCAAUCGUCUGCGCUACACGACGAGAAUCCACUCCAAUGACUCUCGCGAGUCUGGCCAGGACCGUGAAAUCCUUGUCAGAGAUAUGGGACGGACAGCUACCGUUGAAGCCAACUUGCUAUUCCGUGGGAAUUCACUACUCACCAAGGCCCUCGAUCUGCACAUGCGUCGACUUGGCAAGGAAUAUCUGGAAGACACUAUUGGAGAACGAAUCCGGGAAAUCGAUGAAAGUGAUCCAGAGUGCGAGGUAGAUCCGGCUCGUGUGCCACGUACGGAAGAUCUGGAUCGUAACUGGCGCAACCUGAUCUCGCUUACUACGGGUGUCUGGAAGUCGAUUGCCAUGUCCGUUGGUCGGUGUCCCCCCGAGCUUCGUCGUAUUUUCCGGCACGUCAGAGCUUGCGCAGAGGAUCGUUACGGCGAUUUCCUCCGCUCCGUGACUUAUAGCAGUGUUUCUGGUUUCUUGUUCCUGCGGUUCUUUUGUCCGGCUAUCCUGAACCCCAAGCUAUUUGGACUUUUGAAAGACCACCCUCGUCCUCGGGCUCAACGCACUUUGACGCUUAUUGCCAAGGCUCUUCAAGGACUGGCCAACAUGACAACAUUCGGCAACAAAGAACCGUGGAUGGAACCGAUGAACAAAUUUUUAGUGGGCAACCGCGCCGAUUUCAAGGCAUUCGUCGACCAAAUUUGCAACAUUUCGGCGGAGCGUCCAGCUGCUAUGAUCACGCCCUCUUAUACGACUCCUCUGCAGAUUCUCGGGCGCUUACCGGCUACCUCCCGCGAGGGUUUCCCGAGUCUUCCGUUCCUGAUCGAUAUUGCUCGAUGCUUCGCAAACUUAAUCCGUAUAUGGUUAGAGGUGGUUUCAGAGCGACUAUCCGAGCUUGAGGAAGUAGAUCCCUUCCUGGCCAGAUUUCAUCAAUUGGCUUUGCAACUGCAGGAGCGCACCGAGGAUUGCCUCGAUGAGGCCGAGCAGGCGGAGCGACCGAGUGGGAAUCUUGAGGUGAAGUGGGAGGAAUUGGUGGACUCGAUGGAGCGAGCAGUCACCUUCUAUGAUGAGGGUUCGAGUAAACCUACCACUCCAGCUGCAGAACUACCCCUCUCAAAGAGCAAUCUGCCAGUCUCCUCCUCCUCGGCAUCAAACACCCCCGGUCACCGCGGCUCAGUUGGCUACUUCGCCACUCGCCCUGCUAUGCCCCGUCGAUCAACCGACAAUGCGCCCGAAGCGGACGACACGCCACCCAGCUCAUCGUCGGCUACUUGGGACCAGUCUCGCGUACCAUUCAGCAUUCCUCGGUGGUCCGAUCCUCGCGAUAGCACUGGCAGUUCCAAAAACUCUUCUACCUACUCUCUCGAAUCCUCAGAGAAUGCCAAGGCCCGCCGGUCCAGUGUCACCAAAGAAUCUUCGAGCAAAUACCGCUUCUUCGACUUUGUCCCCGCGCCGUCACGUCGCAAGAAGGACCGAGACCAGUCUCAGCAUCACUCGCACGAGGAUCUCCGGAACGAGUUCUAG